CUGGGUAAUCGAGGAAACUCAAGCGAUUCCUGUCCGUAGCUAACAGUCGCUAGCCUGCUAAUCUCCCGGACAGCGCAGUUGUGGUUGUUUUUAUCCGUCUUGGUCUUUAUGUCUUUUUGCCUUUUGUAUUACAGUGAUUUUCUCAUACGUCGUUAGUGACAAAAGUGAGGCAGACACCAACGGACAAGUUUAAAUACGCUGGAUGUUUUGGCACUCUUGCUUUCUUCCAGGAUGCUAGCACAUAAGCAAGCCAGCUAGCUAGCCAACCUGCUUAAGCAGCCGAAUAGCAGCACUGUCCGGAUGCUUUGAGCAACAACGCAGCGGAUUUUGGGGAGUUUCUUGUCGGCCUUGCAUGAUGUCAGGCAACCGACCACAGCAAAGCGCUGGUGGGGCAAGUUCGGUGCCCAGCACAAGUAGCAGCAGCAGCAGCACAGGGGGCAUUGCAAAUGGUGGCGGUGGGAGCAACGCCGUCACAAGUAAUGGUAACAAUUCUGGAAAUGUUGUGCCCACUCGGACCUUGGCAGCAGCCGGCGAGGGUGGCUUGUCGGUGCCAACUUUGGCCGCCGUGCCGUCGUCCCGGGGCGGGUUUGCUUCUUUGAGCAGACCCUCUGCGUCUUCAGGCAGCAGAAAGAAAUCCCUCUAUCAAGCACCUUUAUACAACGGCCUCUCGAAUUCAUACGAGGAUAAAAGCAACGAUUUUGUCUGUCCCAUUUGCUUCGAAAUGAUAGAAGAGGCACACAUGACAAAGUGUGGGCACAGUUUCUGUUUCAAGUGUAUCCGCCAGAGCCUUGAGGACAGCAACAGAUGUCCCAAGUGUAACUAUACUGUGGAUAACGUAGAUCAGCUUUACCCAAACUUUCUUGUAAAUGAACUGAUCCUCAAACAGAAGCAAAGGUCGGAGGAGAAGAGACUAAAAUUAGAUCAUCCUAAUGGGUCCAGGUGGCAGGUGUUCCAAGACGUGUUGAGUCCUGACCAGGAGAACUUGGACUUGGCAAAUGUCAAUCUGAUGCUGGAGCUCCUGGUUCAGAAGAAGAAGCAGCUGGAGGCGGAAUCUCAAACAGCUCAGCGACAGAUCCUCAUGGAGUUCCUCAAAGAAGCCAGAAGAAACAAGAGAGAGCAACUGGAGCAACUACAGAAAGAGCUCAAUUUUCUUGAGGAGGACAUUAAGCGUGUUGAGGAAAUGAGUGGGCUGUACUCUCCAAUGAUGGAGGCAGAGUGUACUGUGCCUAAUGUGGAGGCUCCCUCACCAGCACCCAGCUGUAGUAGUAUUAUGGAGUCACAAGACUACAGCCAGCCUCCAGGAUUUGGUGGAACAACCCAGGGAAAACGACAGACCUGGUACAACAGUACCCUGGCAUCAAGAAGAAAGAGACUGACGGCACAUUUUGAGGACCUGGAACAGUGCUACUUCUCCAACAAAAUGUCACGCAUCACAGAUGAGGGCAGGAACUUGAACCAGCUGGAUGAUUUUAUGGAGUGUUUGUCCAAGUUCACUCGCUACAACUCUGUGCGGCCACUGGCCACGCUCUCCUAUGCCAGUGACCUAUAUAACGGCUCCAGUAUUGUCUCUAGUAUUGAGUUUGACCGUGACUGUGACUACUUUGCCAUUGCUGGUGUGACCAAGAAGAUCAAGGUGUUUGAGUACGGCACUGUGAUCCAGGAUGCAGUGGACAUCCACUACCCUGUCAAUGAAAUGACCUGCAAUUCCAAAAUCAGCUGUAUCAGCUGGAGCAGCUAUCACAAGAACCUUCUGGCCAGUAGUGAUUAUGAGGGUACCGUCAUCCUGUGGGAUGGAUUCACCGGCCAGAGGUCCAAAGUCUACCAGGAACAUGAAAAAAGGUGUUGGAGUGUUGACUUCAAUCUGAUGGACCCCAAGCUCUUAGCCUCUGGUUCUGAUGAUGCUAAAGUGAAGUUAUGGUCAACCAAUCUUGACAACUCAGUGGCCAGCAUUGAGGCCAAGGCCAAUGUCUGCUGUGUUAAAUUCAGUCCAACCUCCAGAUAUCAUCUGGCCUUCGGCUGUGCAGACCACUGUGUCCACUACUAUGAUCUACGCAACACUAAGCAGCCAAUCAUGGUGUUCAAAGGCCACAGGAAGGCUGUGUCCUACGCCAAGUUUGUCAAUGGAGAGGAAAUUGUUUCUGCUUCAACGGACAGUCAGCUGAAGCUGUGGAACGUCAACAAAACCCACUGUCUGCGUUCCUUCAAGGGUCACAUCAAUGAGAAGAACUUUGUGGGCCUAGCCUCCAAUGGAGACUAUGUUGCCUGUGGCAGUGAGAACAACUCCCUGUACCUUUAUUACAAAGGACUUUCCAAGACAUUAUUAACAUUCAAGUUUGACACAGUGAAGAGUGUCCUGGACAAAGACAAGAAGGAAGACGACACCAAUGAGUUUGUUAGUGCUGUCUGCUGGAGGGCUCUGCCUGAUGGAGAGUCAAAUGUGCUGAUUGCUGCAAACAGUCAAGGAACAAUCAAGGUACUUGAGCUUGUCUGAACGACCACUGUGUCUUCAGCGGGUGAUAGAACUACCAUCAACUUCUCUUUGUCUGGUAGAGGAUCAGUCUUAUGCAGGGAGAACCCAAGCUGCCUGCUGAAAUUAGGAUGCCCGCCAAAACUGGCAGAGCUGAAACAAACUGAACCUGUCUUAUUUUAAUGAGCUACACUUUUUUUGGACAGCAGCAAAGACUUUGGAUCAGUACAUCAGUAUAGCAGGAGAAGAUGUGCUGUCAUUUUACAGCAACAAAACGAGGACCUAGCUUGGGCACAAAAUGGAACAAGAGACUUUAGAAAGCAUUUUUGUUUAUCAGCUACAAUAGAACACCUCUUAAUGGUUUUAGGUCAAAUCAAAACUUGUACCUUUUUAAUUAAGCUUUUGCUAUCAAGGGUACAUCCAGCCAAACGCUACUAGUGUGAUGCAUUUUCCCUUUUAAAGGCCAAAGCACAACACAAAAUGACAUGCAAAAAUUAUGUCUUCACGUGAAGCUUUUAACCCUCCCUCCCAUUUUUUUGUUUGUCAGCCUCCUGUUUUUUCCCUCUUUAUGUGUAUCUUUGUGUUUUUCAGAUUGGGAGAAACCAGUUUUAAUAAAUAUGACUUGAAUUUCAUUCUUUCAAGCGUAUCGUCAGUUCAUUUUGUGGCUUUAGAGUGUAGACUGUGAGGUAGUGUACGGAAGUCAAGGAAGACCAAUGAAUUAUGGAAAUGUUGAGAAACUGCUGAUAUUUCUGUUACUAUCAGAACAAAAUGAGAUUUGAUAUGUUUGUCUGUAAUCACGGCGAUUCUCGUGUAAAUUAAGGCAUUGAUUUGCAAUGCUACAUCGAACUGGAUUUUUUUCUACAUAUAUGAGCUAUUUGUUGCUUGUUGAAAAAUGAAAACCUCACAGAAUCAUAUUUUGUCCUUUUAAAGUAGCAAUGGAAUUUCUCUUCACAUACUGUAGGUUAAAACAUCUGAUCUGAACUGAGCUGCAUUGUAACUUGAGGCAAACUGCUGUCAGUUUCUGUGGAGUGGUGAUUCAUGUUGACACAUUGAGGGGAUUUGGUAAACACCGCCAAGACCUACCUAUUUUAUGAUAACUGAGUGAGAGAGGUGUUUUGUAUUUGUAUAACUGAAUAAAUUAUUUCGAAACAA